UAGCUGCCAAGGCUAGGAGGAACAGGACUGCUCUAUGUAUUAGGCAAAGGAAGUUAUGUCCAGAGUCCAGAAGGGCAGGAAAUAGCAACCCGGAUUAGAGGACGGUAGUCGGGCCUCCGUCAGUCGGGGAAGGUGAGCCCCAGGUCCAGGGCUCCAGCAACCACGGAGUCCCGUGCAGACUGAAGGGCCUCUGAAAUGCUCACUCAUUAAACGAUGACGAUUGACAGUGACUGCAAAGGUAAGGAACACAGUUUAUCACACACUCACCUGUCACGUGCCAGGCUCUAGCCUCCAUGAUAACCUUAAAAACCAAGGAAUAUUAUUUCCUCUCUGAAAGGGGGAGACUGAGGUUUAGAGAUGAGCUAACAUGACCACGCUCACUGCCAGUCAGCACUGGACCUUGGGUUUGAACCCAGCACUGCCCGACCUCUUUCCUGGCUCUUUACCAUAGACCUGGUGACCUCUGUGCAGGGUGAGAGGAUGGCUGGGGGAUAGUCUUCAAGGGAUAAAAGACAAGCACAAAACUCGGCUGGAUUGGGGGAGGAAGAGGCAGAGCAAAGAACAAUUCCUGCAAAACAUGUUUUCACCUUCUUUUAUUUCCAAGCUCUUUCCUGGGGCCGGAACCGGUCAUGAACUGAAGCCAGCGGGAGGCCAUUGGCAAUGUGACUCCCUUCUAAAUGCUGGUGGUAGAGGAGAUGGAGAGAAAAAGACGGUUUCGAGAAAUCUUUCAGAGGUACAAUUGGGAAGACUGAAUAAUGGGUUGGAUGCAAGGAUUGUAGACUAAGAUGACUCCAGGUUUUCUGGCCUGAAUCACUGGACAGUUCUUUUUCCUGGAAGGAGGGAGCUUAGGGGAUGAACACAUUUGGCCGGGAAGAACCAGGGUGUCGUUUGGAGCACACUGAGUUUGGGGCAUCUGUGAGAUGACCUAGUGGAGAUGCUGUGCCCUGGCCAAUCUUGGCAAGUUCAUGUUAUUGUUCCACCUGCUUGGAGUCCCCAGGCCUGCCCGUGGGCCAUAGAUUUUCCCACCUCUGCUCAUGCUGGGGUUAAACGGAGCCACCAGGACUGCCAUCUCUGCCGCCUUUUGUAGGAUGAGCUCCAGCCGGCCGACACCACACGGGACUGUGUUUACUGUCUGCCCAAGGUGGUGAGGCUGAGCUCAGAGCAGAAGGGGACCUACCCCACAGUCAGCAAUCUGUUCUGUUCGCCCAGAGGGCUCCAGAGCUCUGGCUGCCUGCCUUUCAGAGAAGAGGGAUCAUGCACAGAACUGCAGCUCCUGCUAGAGGCACAGACCGGCCUGCAGCUCAGAGGGCAGAGUCACUGAUUUCCAAAACGGAAGUGAACAUAAGCCCAGUACUUAUUUUAGGAGAUUUACUAAUCAGAGCGGCUGAGUGCAUGUGUAAAACGUGCUGUGAAGGAGUCUGUGUAUGGAGGCAAUCUCCCAACUUCUAAGUCGGCAUUUAACCUGGAUAAAUCCCAGGGCCCCACAUGGCCCAGUGGCAGCGUGGUUUCACUUUUAAAGAAGCACAAGCCAACCACUAAAGGUAAUGUUAAAAAAAACGGGAGAGUUCCAGUUCUAGUAGGAACUGCAGGAGCAUGGACUGAACUAAUCUCCCGCAAAGAACAAUCAUCAACUCUGGAUAAGAUGUAAAGCACCGUUGAAGGACACUGGACAGUGGCCAAAGAAGCAAACUGACCAAAGAAGCAAAGAGUGGAGAGGACUCGACCCUUGAAAGAAAGGAACUGCUCUGGAUGAAAUUCACGCUAAGAUGACCUUCCUCCGAGGCCCCUCUCCAGGCUGCUUGGGGCAGGGAGGCUGGAACGUAAGGCCCAGGAAGUCAGGGAAUGGCGUUCAGGCUGCUGGAGUGGCUGGAAACUGAGGGUGAAGUCUUAGAAAGAAGGGAGCUUGAAGGAGACAGGCCCAAAAUAUUGCACAUUAAUUCUAUUUUAUUAUUUUUGUAGAAACAAGGGCUUGCUGUGUUGCCCAGGCUGGUCUUGAACUCCUGGACUCCAGUGAUCCUCCCGCCUUGUCCUCCCAAAGUGCUGGGAUUACAGGAGUGAGCUACUGUGCCCGGCCCACAUUAAUUCUCAAAUCCUUAGCCUACCCUGCAAAACCCAAGUGAGACUCCAAGAAGCUCAGUGGGAAGCAACGCCUGUAAGGCUGAAGGCUGAGCAGAGAUUUCAGCUGCUGCCCACUGCAGGGAAACAAUUUGGAGUCUAACUCCUGCCAAGCAGGCGCCUCAGGUUUUCCAUUAAAACCCCAGAAAGGCCUCCGCUUAGGCUCAAAGACCGUGUACCAGGACUAAGAUUCAUCCUAGGACUUGGGGUUAUAACAGUAAACAGAACACCCUGGCAUUACAACAGUAAACAGUUGAAGGUGUAGUUGGGAAAUUUAUAUUCUAGUUGGGAAAACUGCAAUAAACCAAUAAGUGUUAUGCAGAAAAAUCAAGCCAGGCUGUGGUUGGGUAGGUUAGUCAGAGAAGAACUUACUGGGUGUGGAGGAGGGGGUCACAUUUUCAGUAUGGACUUUGUAGGGGGAUUGAAUGGCGACCCUCAAAUGGUGGUUCUCAAAAAGAUGCGUCUAAGCUCUAACCUCUGGUACCUGGGAAUGUGACCUUAUUUGAAUAAAGAGUCUUUGCAGAUGUAAUUGAUUUAAAGAUCUCAAGAGGAGAUUAUCCUGGAUGAACCAGGUGGGUCCUAAAUCCUAUGGCAAGUGUUCCUAUAAGUAGAGGAGACUCAAGGAAGAAGCCAUGUGAAGACGGAGGCAGGGAUUGGAGAGUGCAUCUGUAAGCCCAGGCAUCAGAAACUCACAGGGAGGCAGGGGUGGCUCCUCCCUCAGAGCCCCCAGAAGAACCAGCCCUCCCAAGGCCUUGAUUUUGGAUUUGUGCUCUCCAAAACUGUUAGAAGGAAGGUGGAUUCUUCAAGGGAAUUGGGGAGAAGAGAAGCACAUUCAUGUAUUUCCACAUUCAGCCUCCAUCUCUCGAGUUACACCAUUCCCAGCACGUCACCACCCCCAGACCUUUGGUUACCAGCCUGGGGGCAGAGGAUAAGGACGUCAUUAAAAAAUAGAGAGAUUCUCAAGCCUCCAGAGUGCAGGGGCCAAGCCGAGCAUGCUUGCGGCUUCCAGGGAGGUGGCCACGCCCCAGGGGAAGUGGUUGCAUGGAGGAAGAAUCUCAGAGGAGGCUUGGACGUGGUAGAGCAACGCUGGCCCUGUGUUAGGACUGGCUAGUCCAUCCUGCAGGGAUGAGGGGCAGAGCCUCAGCAGAAGUCCAGGCCAGUGUCUCCCUCCAGCAUAAGAGCCCCCCACUCCCACAGGGCGGAGGAACCACUGUGAUGGCGGAGCUUAUUUCCCAGCAGCCCCGCGGGAUGAGACCCAAACGAGAAGUUAGGGUGAGUUUGGAGGACAUAAAGUGAGCUGGCUUCCCGUAUACUGGCUGUGUGGAGUGAUGUUCACGGCAACAGAUUUCCAUCUCCUCAGCCUCAGGCCCAACCCUGCUACCCCAGCCAUACCCAGAGGCUCUGGAAAUCUUACCUGGAGGAGACUCUUCUGUUACCACCAAGCCAGGAAUUUCAUGACUAGAGUCUCCUGAAGAAUUUGGGAAGACCAAGAGGAAGUCCACCUCCCUCUCUCCUGCACCUGGAGUCUCCCAUGUCCACGGAGGCCACGCCCCCCACCCCGCCCUCAGGUGGCAUCAGCCCAGGAUCUGACCCUGGACUGGCUCACACUCAGUUGCCUCUGGCCAGUGCAGGACUCAGCCAGAGUUGGCUUCCAGCUGACAGUGGGAGGAAUUAAUUCAUCUGACCGAAAUAUUCUUUUCUCUUCUGGGCUGUUGGUUUUUCAAGUGCAACAAAGAUUCAAUACAGCUCCAAGGAAGGAGCCAAGAAAAACAUUCCGUGCCAAAGUGAGACCCUGGAAGUGAAACCCCGGAAUAAAGCUGAAAAACGGGCUCCAGUUGGGUGCCAGCAAACGCAGGACUGGAAUGUGACUUGACUUCCGGCAGCGCACAGGUGCUCCCGGGUCACCUGCUUUGAGGUCCAGCCUCCUGCCCUGCCCCAGGUGACCACAUGACCACCGUGGACUUUGCCCUGAAACCUUCUGGGAGGAGAAGAGGCCUGACCUUGGCGCUGGGGUCCAGUGGGCAUUGCCCUGGUCCAAGGCUGCUGCUCUUGACCUCUGCUCUGCGGCUGUUUUCCAUUGGAGUAGAGGCUCCUCCUGUCCUGUCCUGCUGGUGGAGGGAAGCAAACCUUCCCCUGGACCAGAGAGAGGAGAAAGCGGAGACAGGUAGCAACGCUGUGGACUGGUGAUGACAGGCUCUUCAGCUCCCUGCAAGUGACCGGGCCUGGGGAACAGGGCAUGGCACAGGCACACAGGACCCCCCAGCCCAGGGCUGCCCCCAGCCAGCCCCGUGCAUUCAAGCUGGUUCUCCUGGGAAGUGGCUCCGUGGGUAAGUCCAGCUUGGCUCUUCGGUACGUGAAGAACGACUUCAAGAGUAUCCUGCCUACGGUGGGCUGUGCGUUCUUCACAAAGGUGGUGGAUGUGGGCGCCGCCUCUCUGAAGCUUGAGAUCUGGGACACAGCUGGCCAGGAGAAGUACCACAGCGUCUGCCACCUCUACUUCAGGGGCGCCAACGCUGUGCUUCUGGUGUACGACAUCACCAGGAAGGAUUCCUUCCUCAAGGCUCAGCAGUGGCUAAAGGACCUGGAGGAGGAGCUGCACCCGGGAGAAGUCCUGGUGAUGCUGGUGGGCAACAAGACGGAUCUCAGCCAGGAGCGGGAGGUGACCUUCCAGGAAGGGAAGGAGUUUGCCGACAGCCAGAAGUUGCUGUUCAUGGAAACUUCGGCCAAACUGAACCACCAGGUGUCGGAGGUGUUCAAUAUGGUGGCCCAAGAGCUACUGCAGAGAGGCGACGAGGAGGGCCAGGCUCCACGGGGGGAUGCAGCUGUGGCUCUGAACGAGGGGCCCAUGAGGCAGGCCAAAUGCUGUGCCCACUAGGUGCAGCCACUCCUGGGGGCUGUGGGGAAGAUGCCCCCUGCCUGGGCCAUGGCCAGCUCUAGGUGGAUUCUGAUUCACUGUCAAUGCUGGGUUGCUCCCGAGCCCUAGAUGUUCCUGGAAGUUGGCCCCCUUUAUAAAAACCACUUCCCACAGCCAGUGGGAACUGCCAGAGGAAGAUCUGGCGUCGCAUGGCUCCCAGGAAAGUGCUGUGCCCUAUCCCCACUGAUACCAUCUGAUUCCCCGAUGCCUGUGCCUGUUCCACCUGGACGGUGGCCCCCUCAGCCUGGAAGCCUCUGGACAGAGAGGAAGGAAGGAUUGGAAAAGUCCCCGGAGCACAGCGACGGUGGGAAGAUGCCUUACGUCUGAUCUUGGUGGGAGCAUUGGCCCGGAGCCUGGGCCCACCUGCUUCUGGGGGGUUGGGGAGCAGGCCCAGAUGGAGGUGGUGGUGCCAGGAAGAAAUGGAGCGAUGACUGACUGUGGGGUGGGCCCAGGAUUUCCGCAUCUUGGUGAAGUUGCCCCUGGGAAGGGCAGCUGGGGGCAGUGGCGCCAGUUCCCUUCCAUGGUCUCCCGGCUGGCAAUGUGGUGAAGCUGAGUUUCUGUCCAAUGAGCAGGAAGAUUCUGAGACAUUUCGCCUGAGAUAUAAGUUGUACUGUGUAUGCAGUUUUUUCUCCAAAAAUUAAAUUGCUUUUGACAAUC